AUGGAUCUCAGGCGGAGACAAUGCUCUUUGUCGGCGAUUUUUCUGUCGGCGGCGGCGGUCGUGGUGUUACUGAUUCAGCCGCAGUUAUCGGCGGCGGAAUCUCCGGAGAAUUUAGUAUUUAAAGUUCGAAGCAAGUUCGCCGGAAAAAGAGAAAAAGAUCUCGGAGCCCUCAAAGCUCACGACGCUCACCGUCACUCUAGGCUUCUCUCCGACAUCGAUCUUCCUCUCGGCGGCGAUAGCCAGCCUGAGUCUAUUGGUUUAUACUUCACUAAAAUCGGACUUGGAACUCCAUCAAGAGAUUAUCAUGUCCAAGUUGAUACAGGAAGUGAUAUCUUAUGGGUGAAUUGUGCUGGUUGCGUCAGUUGUCCUAGGAAAAGUGAUUUGGUAGAGCUAUCACCUUAUGAUGCUGAUGCUUCAUCAACUGCAAAAUCUGUUUCGUGUAGUGACAACUUUUGCUCUUACGUUAACCAAAGAUCUGAGUGUCACUCAGGUUCCACUUGCCAAUAUGUUAUUCUCUAUGGAGAUGAAAGUUCCACUAGUGGAUACUUAGUGAGAGAUGUUGUACAUUUGGAUUUAGUUACUGGAAAUCGUCAAACCGGUUCCUUCAACGGAACUAUUAUAUUCGGGUGUGGAUCUAAACAGUCUGGUCAGCUUGGUGAAUCAGUAUCUGCAGUUGAUGGGAUAAUGGGAUUUGGACAGUCGAAUUCAUCGUUUAUAUCUCAGUUAGCUUCACAAAGAAAGGUUAAAAGGUCUUUUGCACAUUGUUUGGAUAAUAACAAUGGAGGUGGUAUAUUCACUAUUGGAGAAGUCGUGUCACCGAAAGUGAAGACUACUCCAAUGCUCUCUACAUCAUCUCACUAUAGUGUUAACCUCAAUUCAAUUCAAGUUGGUAAUUCAGUUUUAAAACUUUCUUCGGGAGCGUUUGAUUCGGGAGAUGACAAAGGAGUCAUUGUCGAUAGUGGUACUACUCUGGUGUAUCUUCCUGAUGCUGUUUUUAAGGCGUUAAUGAGUGAGAUUUUGGAUUCACAUGCAGAGCUUACUUUGCAUUCAGUUCAAGAGUCGUUUAUCUGUUUCCAUUAUACCGAUAAGUUAGAUCGGUUCCCUCCUGUCACAUUUCAGUUCGACAAGUCUGCUUCCCUGACGGUGUCUCCUCGGGAAUAUUUAUUUGAACUUCAAGAAAACAGAUGGUGUUUUGGCUGGCAAAAUGGUGGGUUGAAGACUAAAGAAGGAGGAGCAUUGACAAUUCUUGGAGAUAUGGCACUUUCUAACAAGUUGGUUGUCUACGAUAUCGAAAACCAAGUCAUUGGAUGGACCAACCACAACUGCUCAGGAGGAAUUCAAGUGAAGGAUGAAGAAAGUGGAGCAAUCUACACAGUUGGUGCUCACAAUCUCUCAUGGUCUUCUUCUAUAUCUGUUACCAAACUUCUUACACUUGUUUCUCUCUUAAUUCAUCUCUUCUGUAACAUUGCUUUAUAG